CGUAGACAGCUCGGUGACUGCAACUUCUGCGGACUCCGGUUUCUGAUAGGUUCAAAUUAUUCCGUAACUCUACAUCUAUAGCUAAUCCCAAUGAUGGCUUGGAUUAACAGCUGGUUUGAAUAUAUGUUCAAGACGAAAGACAUGGCCUCCAUCAACAACAACAAUGCCACUGAUCCUGCACACAAAAGUAUCGAUCCUCGCUCCUUUGACGAUCUUUUGGCAGUCGUUGCCUCCAUCAAAUCUCAGCUUGGCGAUAAGGCACACGCUGAAAUUGGUAUUAUUUGCGGAUCUGGCCUCGGACCGAUUGGUGAUCAAGUCGAAGAUCCCAUUGUUUUACCCUAUGAAAAAAUUCCCGGAUUCCCAUCCGUCCAUGUCGUUGGACACAAGGGAAAUCUGCUAUUUGGAAAAAUGAAUGGGAAGGACGUAGUCUGUAUGCAAGGACGAUUUCAUCCAUAUGAACACCAUAUGGACCUCGCUUUGUGUUCGUUUCCCGUGAGAGUUAUGCAUCAGUUAGGUAUAAAAAUCCUAGUCGUCUCGAAUGCUGCUGGUGGUGUUAACCCAAACUUCAAACAUGGAGAUCUUAUGCUUAUUAAGGAUCAAAUAUUCAUGCCUGCACUUUGUGGAUUCUCUCCCAUGGUUGCACUGAAUGAUCCUCGUUUUGGCGCGAGAUUUGUGUCAAUGCAUGAUGCCUACGACAAACCUCUAAGGGACCUUGCCAAGGAAAUCGCUAAAGAGAGGGAAAUGCGUUUGUUUGAAGGUGUCUACGUAAUGACUGGCGGUCCCCUGUACGAGUCACCUGCCGAGGUAUCCAUGUUCAAGAAAGUUGGUGGAGACGCUCUGGGUAUGUCCACGUGCCAUGAAGUAGCAGUCGCUCGCCAAUGUGGUAUCAAAGUAAUCGGAUUCUCUCUGAUCACAAAUAUAUGUAACACCGAUGCUGACACGUCCGUAGAUGUAACGCAUGCGGAGGUCCUCCAAACAGCCAAAGAAGCCGGAGAUCGAGCCUCGAGUUUUGUGAAAGAACUCAUCGGUCACUUCCCAUCACUCUAGUCCGUCAUAAUCUGCCUUAGACACUGAUUUGACUUGCUAUUUGCCUUACAUCUCACAAAGUUCCCUUGAUACUUCUCUUAAUAUUCGCUUAAAUAGUUCCCCAUUUCACUUAAUGCU